UGUGCGAGCUUCGUUUAUCAAGUUUUGAAGCUUUUUUUUAAUUUUUUUCUAAUACACAAUUAAAUUGUGAAUCCCUACCUUACCUUAAAUUUGCUUUGGUUAUGCAAAGGAAAGAAAGCAAAAAAAGUUAAAGUUAAAAGGGCAAAUUAUAGGUGCAAAGAAAGUUAAACACUAAGCCGACUAUUAAAUAUUGACAAAUUACAUCGUAAAAUGUAUUGUAAUCUGUUUGUAUACAAUUCCUGAGGGUGAGGUAUUUAAGCAGAUGUAGGCUGCUUAUUCUUAAUGCAUUGGGAAAGGAGCAGUGUCACCAUGAAGCUCAUUCUGGUAAUGGCAACGUGUGCCGUUGCUGCACAUUUGGCGGUCUGUUGUGAAAAAGAAUGCCGAGUCGAUCUUGGUUUUCUACUCGAUGGAUCCGGAUCUAUUGGGAAAUCCGGACUGGCCCAGGAAGUCCAGUUUGUCGAAAGAAUCUCUUCAAUGCUUGGCAUCUCCAAAGAUCAAUCUCAUGUCUCGGUUAUCUUAUUUGAAAGUCAUGCAAGAAUGGUUUUGUCUUUCCGAUACGGGACUUCCCAAAAUGCUCUCAGUCUGUAUUUAAACCGAAUUCGUUACAGAGGUGGUGGAACAAACACAGAACAUGCCCUGAGACUUGCAGCUUCAAGAAUGUUUAACAGGAGAUAUGGGGCGAGGAGUGGGGUCCGAAAGGUAUUGGUCGUCUUCACAGACGGCAAAAGCUCAUCUGGCUUGCAAAGGGUUGUUGCAGCGGCGGCCAUAUUGAAAAGAAUGGGUAUUACAGUCAUAAGUAUUGGCGUUGGUAGCAGAGUCAGUCGCCACGAAUUGCAUGCUAUAUCAACUGCUCCUGCCCAGCAUCAUGUCUUUACUGUUAAUAGCCCUCUGUUUCUUAAAAAUAUUGAGAAGAAAGUCAAAAGUGAAUUAUGCACAACGUGUCCACAACCAGCCUCUUCUAAAGUCUGUAACCUCGAUAUCGGUUUUGUAUUGGACGAAUCUGGCUCUAUUGGGUCACGUGGCUUCAAUGAUGAAUUGAGAUUCGUCAAGAGUAUAUCAAAGGAGCUAUCUGUAUCAAGUAAAGGCUCUCACGUGUCAGUAAUGACGUUUGGUACAUAUGCGAGGAUGAGGAUUCGCUUCAAAGAUGCUGGAGCUGAAUCGCAACAGAUGUUAGAGAAGCAUAUUAAUUCAAUAAGAUAUCGAGGAGGAGGAACAAACACUGAGGCUGCCCUGAAUCUUGCUCAGAGCCAAAUGUUCCAUUCAUCAUUUGGUGCCAGGAGAGGGAUUGCUAAAGUUCUGAUUGUUUUUACCGAUGGCAGAAGUAAAUCGGGGGUAACCAGGGUAAGAGCUGCUGCAGAGAAGUUGAAAGACGCGGGGGUGAAUAUGAUCAGUGUCGGUGUAGGAAGACGCAUCAGUACUGCCGAACUUCACGCCAUGGCAUCGCAGCCUACCUCAAAACAUGUAUUUCGUGUCCCUACUCCGUCCCUUUUGAGCAGUAUUGUUAGCAGGGUCAAAACUGUUUCUUGCAGUGCAUUCACGUGCCAGUAUGCUGAAUGUAAGUAUGGCCAAUGGUCUGAGUGGAGCAAGAGCUGUGGUUUGGCAAUCAGGAGACGAAAUGUUUUGCAAAGUGUCAUCAAAACCAAAGUUGCCGUUGGAGGAUGCGCAGGGGUGAGCACAAAAUGUCAUCUUGUCCAGGAAUCAAAAGACCAAGGCUCUUGUUUAGUUAAUUGUAGCUACGUGGAGUGCCAAGUUGGAGCAUGGAGUGCCUGGAGCAAGCCAUGUGGUGAUGGGCAUAGGAGAAGAGAUGUAAAAGUUAUUAGAAAAACAGAAUUGAGAUCGAACUGCAACGGACUGAAAACAUCGUGCGAUAGUAUCGGAGUGUACUCACGGAGAUCAACCAAUUGUUCUUGCGAAGCAGUCGAGUGUGACCUUUCGCAAUGGAGCCAGUGGUCGGCGACGUGCGGCCAUGCCACUCGCUACAUUAGCUUUGUACCUCGCAAAGUCAAAAUUGAACAAAAAAGUUGCGAUGGUUUGCAAACGAAAUGUCCAGAAGAACGAGAAGUCGUGUCACGCGAAGAGCCUUCUUGUGUCAAAACAGGUGAGAUUUUUUCGAAUUCCCUUAAAAAUUUUCAUCUUUUCAGCUACGAAUAUGUUGUAUAGCUGUUAAUAGGUUUCUGCUUCCAUGGGUCAGCCUGUCCGUUUAUUGUGAUAUGAAUAUCCUAAUCAUAUUACCCAAUCAGAAUGUUGAACACAAUGAAAGAACGUUCAUCGACUUACGUAUUCUAACGGGAUUUUUAGGGUUUGCUACAUUUGCAUGCAUGAUUUGCAAGUCUUUUCAUAAACAGUUCGGAUUUGCUGGAUAUUUUUUGUGUGGAUUUUUUAAAUGUUUAGCUUAAUAUCUCCAGGGUCAGGAAAACAUUACGGUUGCACGGCCACUGACCGGACGAAGGUCCAUGAGAAACAAUAAAAGCUCCUAUGACACAUCCAAGUCACGCCCACUUUCUAUUGUUUUGUGAGGAAGGUUUGCCUUCUGAGAUGUUUUUGUCUGGAGGAAGGUUAACAACUUUUCUGGACUCUUAAUAUCUCUAUUCUUAACUGAGUUAAAUCUAACAUGCCCUUACUGGAAAUAGGUCCUGAUGAAAUUUCAUCUUGAUAGAAAGUUAGUCGCAUUUGGUUGCCCUUGUUAUCGAACAAUAAUCAUCACGCGGAGAAAAUUAGAAAAUAAGUAUACCUAGGUGUGAAACUAAAAUAGUUGUUGCCAAAACAAGACAUAAUUUUUCCUGAUCUGAUGAAUCAUCAUAUCUGAUAAGAAAUCGUCUUUCGUAGAAAAUCUGAACUAGUUUCAUGCCUUUCACAUGAUAUUUAAGUAGUUACCAUAUCAAGAAAAGAAGAAGAAAACAAUACAUUUCUCUCUUUCUCGAUUAAUUAUCUUGCUUUCAGUUUAGCUAUCUUUCGAUUGAAUGCAUUACUGCUGUCUCUUUUUAAUGCUUAUUGUAUCAAUAGCGGUAAAAGAGAUCUUAAACACUCAUUUGCCCUACUUAGAGGAAAGGUUGACAUACAAGGAAUUUUCACAUUUCUGCAAAGUUGUCAUGUUUAUAAUUGCAGUAUCUGGAGCAACUUGUCCAGUCAAAUUUGAAGCAAUCGGCUGUUUCAAGGAUAACAUGAAAAGCCCUAGGCCCCUUCCAGAAUUAAUUUUAACCGAACGUGAUCAGCAUCAUAAAGCAUGGAAUGGA